AAGAAGAACGACGAAGACGGAAGCCAAUAUAAUCCGCAGUUCAUCCACCUCGCCGCACUCACACACAGAGAAAGCAAGGACAUGGGGCUAGUUCAGCUAGUGCCAUAUUAAAGUAGCUAGCAGCACAGUACGUUCGUUUUCCAUUAGUUUGACCGACUAAAAGCCGUUAUCAGAGCCAGGAGCAUGGCGUUAAUCUUGUUGACGAGGUCUCGCACUCCUCUGAUGAAAACAUCUCGCUCGUUAAAGAGCGAUUUCCGCAACGGGAAGCUUCAAGAUGGCUCCUGUUUCAGCUGUACAUCUCUCAGACUCUCCAGUCAAAGUAGACUGGAUGGUGAUAGGCUGGUGGUCCGAGGUGGGAGCUUGGCUCCGCCCUCCUUCCUAGGCCCCUCGCUUCAUGCGGCAUCAGACAGCUACAGGGUUCCAGGCCACUCCACAGACCACACCCCUUCUAUGAGGCUGUACUCUGCUGUAGUGGAAGGCUCCUCCACCACCUCCUCUCUGUACCACCUGGGAGGUGGGUACCCACAGUGGACGGCAUCCUGGCGAGGGAGGGGGAACGUGGUCGGGGUACGGUGGAUCCACACCUCCAGAUGUCUCCGUGACGACUCUAAAGUAGAGAAGUCUCUCCGCUCUCUGAAGGAUAAGAACAAGAAGCUAGAGGAGGGCGGGCCGGUGUACAGUCCUACAGUAGACCAUACCAUAGUCAGGAGAACUAUAGGACAACGUGUUCUAGACGAGGUUAAACACUACUACCACGGCUUCCGACUGCUGUGGAUCGACACUACCAUCGCUGGACGCAUGCUGUGGCAGGUCCUCAAUGGGCACCCCCUGUCCCGACGGGAGAGGAGACAGUUCCUAAGAACUUGUGCCGAUGUCUUUCGACUCCUUCCCUUCCUGGUGUUCAUCAUUGUGCCAUUCAUGGAGUUCCUGCUUCCUGUGGCACUGAAGCUCUUCCCCAACAUGCUGCCCUCAACCUUUGAGACGCAGUCCAAGAAGGAGGAGAGGCUGAAGACGGAGCUGCGUGUGAAGCUGGAGAUGGCUAAAUUCCUCCAGGACACUGUAGAGGAGAUCGCACUGAGGAACAAGGUUGCCAAGGGAAACGUCACUGAGGAGUUCUCUACCUUCUUUCAGAAGAUCCGUGACUCAGGGGAGCGUCCCAGUAAUGAGCAGAUCAUCAGGUUCUCUAAGCUGUUUGAGGAUGAGUUGACUCUGGACAAUCUGACUCGUCCUCAGCUGGUUGCUCUGUGUCGUCUGUUGGAGCUACAGUCUAUAGGAACCAACAACUUCCUUCGCUUUCAACUCAUCAUGAAGUUACGAGCCAUCCGCGCAGACGACAAGUUGAUAGCUGAAGAGGGGGUGGACACUCUGAGUGUGAAUGAGCUCCAGGCAGCCUGUCGAGUCAGAGGGAUGAGAGCUCUGGGAGUCACAGAGGAGAGGCUGAGAGAACAGCUCCAGCAGUGGUUGGAGCUGCACCUGAACCAGCACAUCCCCACCUCACUCCUCCUCCUCUCCAGAGCCAUGUUCCUCCCGGAUACUCUCUCUCCUGCAGACCAGCUCAAGACCACCCUGCAGAAUCUGCCUGACAUAGUGGCUAAGGAGGCCCAGGUUAAGGUGGCUGAGAUGGAGCUGUCCCAGGUGGACAACAAGACCAAGCUGGAAGCCACGCUGCAGGAGGAGGCAGCGAUACGUCAGGAUAACAAGGACCGAGAGAUGGAGAGGCUGGCGGAUGCAGCAGAGAGGACCGAAUACUCCCUCACUAGUAUGGACAUGGCUGUACACUCAGAGACACUACGAGACACAGCGCCUGUCCUAGAGGGCAUCAAGGGAGAGGAGAUCACUAAGGAAGAGAUAGACAUGUUGAGUGAUGCAUGUACCCAGCUGAAGGAACAGAAGAAGUUACUCACUCUGGAAAAGGAGGAGCUAGAGGACCUGAAAGAUGACGUGCAGGAGUACAGCGAGGACCUAAAGGAGAUAAAGAAGGAGUUAUCUAAGACUGGCCAGGAGAAGGCCGUGCAGGAGAGUAAGGCCUCUCAGCGGCUUUCUAAGAGGGUCAACAGGAUGAUCAGUAGGAUAGGCAAGAUCAUCACAGAGCUGGAGCAGGACAAGGUGGUCCUCGACGGACAGAUGGACAGACCAUCCACUCCUCCUAUUGGCCUUCUGUUUACCUUUAGGGAGAACCUGAUCAGUAUCAACGAGCUCAUCACUGUCAUGAGGCAGAUCCAGAACAUUCCAGAGCACAAGCUGCAGAGCAUCGCUGACGCUCUCGAUGACAACAAGGACGGGAAGAUCGACAUUGAUGAUGUCAUCAAGUUGGUGGAGUUGAUUGACAAGGAGGACAUUGACAUCAACACCAGCCAGGUAGCAGAAAUCAUGGUGAUGCUGCAGAAGGAGGAGAAGCUGCAAGAGAAGGAGAAGGCCCAGAAGGAGCAGGCUGCUAAGUUAAAUAACUAGCCCACAGAAGAGGCUCUGCUUGGGGGAGGAAACCGCCUCCGAGAUGACAUAACUGGAGUUCAUCUCUGGACCCCAGACCUCCGUAUACCCUGACCAGUCGACCGGCACCAUGAGCUACCACCCACCCACUCUAAACAGUUUCUUCCAAUAGAAUUAGAGGCUGACCUUUUGUUCAGAAAUUUGUUUCAGAAAGGCGUUUGUGCCCUUAUGAACAUUAUUUCAACUUAUCCCAAAGUACCCAAAAAUUAUACUCAAACAACAUAGUCUUAGAAACAAAUGAUGUUUCUGGGACCCAAGCUAGCUAUCUAAUGGUAGUACUGGGACCCAAGCUAUCUCAUGGUAGUACUUGGUUAGAUAUGCUUUAUCUCAGCCAUGUGUGAAACUCAUUCCAAGGUGGGGCGGGUGUCUGGGUUUCCGCUCCACACUUGUACUAUUUAAUAAGGAACUCCCCUCACCUGGGUGUCGAGGUCUUAAUUGAAAGGAAAAACCAAAAACCAAAAACCUGCAGACACUCAACCUUACGUGGAAUGAGUUUGACACCCCUGAUCUAGGCCUUCAACAGGUACGUAAUAAGGCCGAGGCAACAAUGAUAUGAUAUAACAAGGUCUCCUAUCUCACAGCUACAGUUUACAAAACAUUAAGGACACCAUCCUGAUAUGGCAUUCCACCCCCUUUAGCUCUCAGAACAGCCUCAAUUUGGCACGGCAUGGACUAUACAAGGUGUCCAAAGCUUUCCACAGGGAUGCUGGCCGUUGUUGACUCCAAUGCUUCCCACAAUUGUGUCAAUUCGUCUGCAUGUCCUUUGGGUGGUGGACCAAUCUUGAUACACGCGUGAAACUCAGCAGUGUUGCGGUUCUUGACACAAACCGGUGCUUCUGCCACCUACUGCCAUACCCCGUUCAAAGACACCUACUACCAUACCCCGUUCAAAGACACCUACUACCAUACCCCGUUCAAAGACACCUACUACCAUAC